CGUCACAUUUCUUUUUCCUCCCUCUUGUUCUGACUUCCUGGGCACUCUUCACCAUGGCUCAGGCAGUACAGAAACUCGUUGCCAAAGUGCCAACUUUACUUGGUGCCGCUGUCACAUACUCCAAACCCCGACUCGCGACCUUUUGGUACUAUGCCCGGGUGGAGCUCGUGCCUCCGUCUCCUGCUGAGAUCCCCAAAGCCAUAGAGGCAGCAAAAGGGCUCAUGAAGAGCUUCCAGUCAGGACGCCUGGGACAAACCACAGUAAAGGAUGCCUUAAGGAACGGACUCGUGACCACUGAGGUGCUGAUGUGGUUCUACAUCGGAGAGUGCAUCGGCAAAGGAGGCAUUGUUGGAUACGAUGUCUAAAUAUUGUUCUGCUCUUUCUCCUUUUGCACUUGUAAUUGUCACAUUCUCAACAGCUAUGCACCAAAUUUUCAAAUAAACGAUGUCUAUAGACAGAAAAGUU